GCGUGUUGGAGGAGAGGAGCCGGAGAGCGCUCACACCUCGGCGUCCGGGACAGGGACUGGGAUCACGAAGUCAGCUCUGGCCAAGGUUCUAUCCCGAAAUACAGCUAAGGAGCCCUGGGGCAGAACGGAGGCGGAGGCGCAGGCGUGUGGGCGAGGAGUUCGAGUCCCGAAGGGAGCGAGAGAGAAAGGACCCACCAAGACCGGAGAGGGAAUUGACGAGUAUUUGGAAAGCAGGGAAAGGAAGGACCCUAGGGACGGAGCCGUUUGAGAUGUUACGGGAUACCUGUAGAAGGAAUUUUCGGCCUUCCUCGAGAAGGAAGCCGAAAGUGGCAUCAUUUGGAGAGGAUAUAAACCUAACAGUUGGAAACAGGAGACCAAGACGGAAUGAGAAUUUCUAGAAGUCUGGAAGAAGUUUGAAGGGGAUGCGUGUAUGAUCUGGAGAAACUUAUAGAGGGCUUAGCCAGUGUUUCUCUUUAUAGAGAGCUUCCGCCCCUGGGACACAGAGCUUCUUCUCUAAGGCUUUUCAGCAUUGGGCCGCUUAGCUAAUGAGGGCUGUCAUUCUAUAACAGUGUAGGCUGCUGGAGACAGGAGAUAAAGGACGCUACCUCAGGAGUGAGCCAGACAGCAGAAAGUAGAAAUUCCACUGAAGGAUGGAAAAUGAUCGUGGCUAGUCUUGAGGGACGGGAAAGAGCAGUACAGAGGCCCAGUGAUGUGAACUGCUUCCCAAUUCCUGCCUUAGUCAUUGGUCAUUGAAGAGAAUUUUUCAGCAUUACCAAAAUAGAUCUGCCCUGAAACAAGAAAACCGAAGGGGAUUUUUCAAAGCCUUAAAGUCCUACUCUUUAUUUCCAAAGUAUCUAAUUGUAGCAGGUUAAAAGGGAACUACACAGUCCUUGGAUUUUAUACUCUUACUAAUAAAUUUUUUUCAACCCUGUACUAGCAAAUAGCUUUGUGCCAUGAAUCCUCCAAGUUGUCCCACCAAUUUCAUGCAUGUUUAAUACUUGUACGACCUAAGGCAGAUCAUUUAACCUCUGUAAGCACCAAUUUCCUCAUCUGUACAGUGACAGAAGUUAUACCUGCUUUUCUGGGUUGUGAAGAUGAACAAACAUAAUCUCGAUAAAACACAGAGCGUUUGCCACUGAAUCAAAGAAACAGUAGUACAGGAGGAGGUGAAUUGGGAAGUGACUCAGUGACUCCCAAGAAUUGCCAGCAAUUCAGAGUCCACAGAGACAAGUGUACUGGACAUUUAGAAACUCUUGGGAUUUGUGACAUGCAGAGCCUCAGAAAUCACCAAGAACCACCUGUAGACACUGACUCUUCCCCAAGGCCAGUGCCUCCCUCUGCUGAGUGCGCAGUGUUCCCCUUUCCUGAGGCACGCAGGCAGGACAGGAGGUGAGCAAGGGUGUCAGCUGGAAACAGACUUUCAGAAAAGUGUUUAAAAAACCCAGAAAACCUAGAGAUUAAGAAUCCAAUUCUGAAUAUUAAAGGACAAGAAAAAAUAAUGGAUGGAAGCCAAAAGCUUGAAACAGGCACAAGACAAUAAACCCCAGCUUCCUGAUAAUGAGGAAGACUGACUAGCAUAAAGAAAGGAUGUUCCCCUUCUACCGCUGCUGGAGGACUGGACUGCUGCUGCCACUGCUCCUGGCUGUGGCAGUAAGAGAAUCCGGGCAGACAGAAGAGAAAACCUGUGACCUGGUGGGAGCCAAGGGUAAAGAGUCAGAGACAGAGUUAGCUCUACUGAAGAGGCUGCGACCACUGUAUAACAAAAGCUUUGAGAGCACCGUGGGCCAGGGCCCAGACACCUACAUCUACAUGUUUAGGGUGUGCCGAGAAGCUGGUAACCGUACCUCUGGCGCAGGCCUGGUGCAGAUCAACAAAAGUAAUGGGAAGGAGACGGUGGUAGGGAGACUCAACGAGACCCACAUCUUCAAUGGAAGUAAUUGGAUCAUGCUUACCUAUAAAGGGGGUGAUGAGUACGACAGACACUGCGGCAUGGAGCAGCGUCGAGCGGUGGUGAUGAUUUCCUGCAAUCGACACACCCUGGCGGACAGCUUUACCCCUGUGUCCGAGGAGCGAGGCAAAGCCCAUGACUGUUUCUACCUCUUUGAGAUGGACAGCAGCCUGGCCUGCUCCCCGGAGAUCUCCCGCCUCAGCGUGGGCUCCAUCUUACUAGUCACGUUUGCAUCCCUGGUCGCAGUCUACAUCAUUGGGGGGUUCCUAUACCAGCGCCUGGUGGUGGGAGCCAAGGGAAUGGAGCAGUUUCCUCACCUCGCCUUCUGGCAAGAUCUUGGCAACCUGGUAGCAGACGGCUGUGACUUUGUGUGCCGUUCUAAACCCCGAAAUGUGCCUGCUGCAUACCGUGGCGUGGGGGAUGAUCAGCUGGGGGAAGAGUCAGAAGAAAGGGACGAUCAUUUAUUACCGAUGUGACUGCACUUUAAACACCCAGCUGCUUCUUCAGUCCCAAACCAAAGCAUACUCAGCCAGAUUGCUUAAGCAGUGUCCACUCCGGUCUCUCAGCCCGCCCUUAAUGUUGCUCUUGCUUUUCAGUUUGCUUUGGAUUUGCUUUCUCUCCUCACCAGUGGAAAGGCCUUUCCUUUUUCCCUAUUUUGUUUUUCCUCUAGAGAGGUAUCAUCACAGGAUGGAGAUAAAAUAAUAGGGCCUGUGCAAAAGAGGCUAUCACACUAUCUCUUGGUGUCAGAAGGUACAAACAGGAUAGUUACAGUGAGCAAAAAAGUGUGACAGGCUCCCUGACUUUUUAAAACACAUUUUCACAAGCUUUUGAGACACUGGAUUUCUUUAAUUAAAAAAAAAAGGCAAGAGACAUUAUUUAUACAA